AUGGCAUUCGCCUGCCGUCGAGCGACAUCAUGUCUCAACCUUCGACCUACACUGUCUUACUCUCGUACAUUUUCUAGCUCUUCACGUAUCUGUGCGCGCGGAGGACCUCCGGAGUCACCAACAUUUUACACUGGGCGCUCUGCUUUCUACGACUACGUUGCUGCUCUGGAACGCGCAAUUACACAUACUCGCUCGUCAUUGAAAACACUUCAACUCGACCCUCUUCCUAAAAUUGCUCAAAAUUCCCUCCCGCCCCCUGUCUCUGCAUGGAAAAGCAAAGACGAGCUCACGAACACGCUUACAGCGAAGCUAUCUGCCUCACGACAUCGUCGUCUCAUCGAACUAUUAAACCAGCUCAAUGACUUCCGCCGGAUCGCAUCUACCGCUGGACACGAUGAUCUUGCACAAGGCCUUGAUAGCGUACUCGAGAUGUUUGAGCGACCAGACAAGGAACAGCAUCUCCGACGCGGUCAACGGAAACCUGCAGUUGUCGAUGAAUUCGGUCGUGCCUAUGCCUACGGUGCUCGUAAAACGAGCUCCGCACGCGUAUGGGUAAUUUCCUCGGAACACGCUACUGCUGCGAAGGCGUGGGAUGGCAAUCGAAGCCCUCCCACUACAGAGAUCCUUGUCAACAACGUGCCGUUGAACGAGUACUUCAAAGUUCCAGUGGACAGAGAACGCAUUCUUCGGCCGUUCAGGGUCGCAGGAUUAUUGGGAGCAUACAAUGCAUUCGCUAUCGUCCGUGGGGGAGGAAUCAGUGGUCAGGCUGGAGCUGUUGCGCUCGGAAUUGCAAAGGGAUUAGCUGCCCAUGUUCCUGAUGUUGAACUCAUUCUGAGACGAGCCAAAUUACUGCGGCGUGAUCCGCGUAUGGUGGAACGCAAGAAGACUGGCAGGGCGAAAGCCAGGAAGGGGUACACCUGGGUCAAGCGUUGACACUUUGCCUCAUUUAUUCUACCUGGUCAAAAAUUUGUUUAAUCUGCUGUUAUUACGCUCUAGACUAUAC